AAUAUAUUCUUUUCAAACCUGGAUAUCCUUUCUUUUUCUUUUUAGUGCAAUCCUUUUCCGAAUUCUUUCGACUUGGGAUACCAUUACUUCGUACAUUUUCAAAAUUGUGACCAAUAUAUUAGCUAGUUCGGAUCCUGAAAUAGAACAACUACACCAGCAAUAUCAUAGAUUAAUUUGAAAUGGCUGAAUCAAAAGCAAAAAAUAUGUUUCAAAAAUUAUCAUUGACUCCAAAAAGAAACCACGAGCAUGAUGCAGGAAGGAAUAUUGAGACCGAAGAGGAACUUCUUCAAAAACUGAAACGCUUAAAACUUGAUAAUGAUUAUUUGCAUAUGUGGCUGUCGUACGAAAAAUUAGCAACAAUUGUUGAAAAUCGAAGUACGGAUAAGACUCGGAAACCAGAAUACGGAAAACUGAUAUUCUACUAUCAAGGUGCUGCGCAUGCAUUAGUUAGUAUAUGGAAAAGAGAUUCCGAUCUACCGUUUGAGCAAUAUAUAAGUGGAGACAUUGCUCGUUUAUUCAACAAAGCACUCGAUGUGGCAAUUAGACACAUGGAUCCAACAGUUGUUCAUACUAUUGCUCGUGACGGUGGAGUUGCUCUUAUGAGCAUUGAUAAGCCUAUUGAGGCACGGGAUGUCUUGGUUAGAGGGGAAAACCAUCUUGUCGCAGUUCCGGCUGAUGGUCAACUGGAUUUUCUGGAGCGUCUCAUUGUACUUUAUUACAUUAUGGAUUCGAUUUUGAUAGAAGAGAGAUGGAAUGAGUAUAUGGUUUAUACUGAUAAAGUUUGGAUGAUGACAAUGAAAGAAGAUAAGAGAUGUCCUUUAUUGGAGAAUAUUAUCAAGGAAGUGGAACAAGUAGCUGUACUAUUACUUGUUUUCCAAAGAAAAGUUGAAUGUAGUGAACGUCAUAAACAACUAUUAGCGUCUUAUAGGCUAGAUGAUUGGAAAGCACCGAUCAUAAAGCAUAAUCCACCCCUUUCUUCAUUGAAUCCUUCGGAGCAAAAGGUUUUCCGGCGUUUUUUGUUUUAUAUGAUGUCAAACAAAAGGAGUGUUGAUAAGGUUUUGAAACAUCGUUGAAAAUUCAAUUUAAAGCUGAAUAAAAGUUUUCAGUGUGGGCAAAUGAUCCCAAAAAUUACGGAUUGCAUUUCAAGCCCACUACGUACAGAGGUAUACAAUGACAAUGAUGAUUUGAGAAACUUAAGCCA